AUGCCAGAUCGGUCGUCGAAACCCAUUAAAGCAGUCGUUAGUACAUACCGUGAUAGUAUCAGAGAUGGCGCUGCAGAAAGCGCCGAAUCCGGAGUGCGCGGGCGGGGGAGUCUGGGGUGGCGUGGAACCGCCGGCGCGGUCCAUGGCGGCGCGGGAGCGGCGCUAGCGCGCGCGGUCGGCUCACGGCGGAGCACUGCCGGCGGGCGGUCCGCUGCCGCUGCCGCGCGGCCGCCCGCCCGCCUAGGGCUGCCACCGAUGCCAGCGACGCAGCACGCGCGGGCGAUAAAGGCGGCCAGGUGCGAGUCACACGCUGUCAGCGAGUUAUCUGGUGAUCAACUGCGUGUAGCAUCUCUCCGCAAUACAACCAACGGGCAGCAUCUAUGUGGAGCAACGCUGCUCACUCAGGAGGUUGCCAGCACUGCCGCGCACUGCGUCCAUGGCACGGGCUACCUUCUUCAGCUGAACAAUUUCUGCGGCGACCCGCCGCAUGCGACAGUCUUAGAAAUAUUUACGCACGAGCUUUAUGACAAAAAACCAGCGCCGUUGACAACCCUAAUAAGUUGUGCCAACUGCAUUGCUGAGUGGAGAACAUUUCAGCUUCUUUCACAUUUUUGGUAUUCACGUGCUCACGAUAUUGCUUUGCUUCGAGUAGAGCGACUAGAUUUGCCAGGACUUAAUGGAAACGUGCUGCCUGAGCAUUCGUUUGGCGCUGGAGGCGAAUGUAAAGUAUACGGCUACGGUGUUAAAGACGUGUCCACGUACGAACUGUCCGAGGCUCUAUUGGCAGCCAGCGUGAGGAUAGUUCCCCUGGACGAAUGCACACAAUCUCUGGGGUCCUACAUGGCUCCCGAUUUUGACAGCGGAAUGAUAUGCGCUGUAGGGAACGGCGUCGAUACUUGUGAAGGUGACUCCGGCGGUCCCCUGAUGUGCCAAGGUCUAGUGGAGGGCGUCAGCAGCCACGGGCUCGGCUGCGCCGCCCCGGGGGUGCCCGCGGUCUACACCAGUAUUAGGGCACACUUGGCUUGGAUAAAGCAAGUAAUACAGAACUGGGACACACAUACACAGGAAGAGGACACAAUUAUAACAAGAAGCUAGGAUAUGAUACCUAUAUUAUACACUUCAUUAUGGAUCUACUCAAAAGAAGUAUGAAGAAGUGUUGUGCGUUAAAAAGGAAAGCAGUAUAAUAUAGAAACGGUACCUACCUUCCUUAACGCUUAAAACGCGCAUGGUACGUUGUUGCGUUGAAUUGAAACAUACCGCGCGAUAUUUGUAGCAUACGUGCCUAGCGGAAAAUUACUGCGUCAAAGCAUAAAUUGGUCAAAUAUCAACAUAUUUCGUCUACUAUUUCAUUUAUUACAUUGAGGAACGAAAUAACUGUAUGAAUAUUUCUCGUUAUAGAAAAUAAUUAAUUAAAUUGUAGACGAUUUGAGACUAAAUCAAACUAUAGAUAUAGAACCAUCGAUUUAAAUUAGAUCGAUAAUAGAAACUUACCAACUUGAAAUUUGACCACACAAUGUGUAAAAAAAAUGGGCAUUAUUAUUUUUAAAAAAUAACGCGAGUUUACAUA